AUGGCGGCAGUGCUUCCCAUGCGGACACUGGUAGUAAAGGUGUUGGCUUCGUUGGUGUCGUCUUCGACUUCGAUAUCAGCGUCAGCAAAAGCUGCAGAGAUGACUUUGGACGUGAUGGUCGUAACUGUGGUGUUAGAGUCCACAUCGGACCAGCCACCGAGUGAAGCCCUCCACUACUGCCGCCAACUACGGACAGAUGUUCUCUUGCAAGGGGGGGGACGAGAACCUACUCUUCACUCCACCCGCCUGGACUCGAGUCAUCGUCCCACUAUCACCUCCACCGCUGGCGAAAUGGCUACUACUGCGUCGUGCCUUCCUUGA